UUUGGAGGUCGGGCGCCGCCGGGGCUGGGAGAUUGGGUGCCGUACUCGUCGAGCGCUGUUCUGCGUUGGUAUUCCGAUGGGAAGUCUCUGGAUGGAUUCUUUUUUGGCCUUGAGCAACGUGUGUGGCUGAGAUUGAGUCUAUUUGAAUGAACGCUUGAGAUUAGGUGAAAUUCAGGAGAUACUUCCCUGCAGUUGAGAAAGUAAAUUCAGGGGACCCGGUUCUGAUGACCAACUCGUUGUUCAAGCGCCUCCCUCGCGGGUUCUGCUGUAAUACGUGUGAUGAACUCCUUGUUCAAACGCCUCCCUCGCAAGCGCGUUGCCGCCACUCGCCGGAGCAGCCGCCGCGUCCACGCGCAACCGCGCCCGCACCCUUCCCUCACUACGUUCUCCCGCCUCUGCGUAGAGGGGCCGCUCCCAGCCGCGCUCGCGCUGCUCUCCGAGCUCGCCGCGGCGGGGCUCCGCGCGGACCCCGUCUCCCUCACCCGCCUCGUCAAGCUCUGCGUGCGCCACGGCACGGCAGACCACGGCCGGCUCAUUCACCGCCACGUCGAGGCGCACGGGCCGCUGCCCCACGACGGCGCCGGCGGCCUCUUUGUCUCCAACUCGCUCGCCUCGAUGUACGCCAAGUUCGGCCUGCUCGACGACGCGCUCAGGAUGUUCGACGGAAUGCCGGUGAGGAACGUCGUCACCUGGACGACCGUCGUCGCGGCGCUGGCGAGCGCGGACGGGAGGAAGCAGGAGGCGCUCAGGUUCCUCGUGGCCAUGCGGAGGGACGGGGUGGCGCCCAACGCCUACACGUUCUCGAGCGUCCUCGGCGCGUGCACCACGCCGGGGAUGCUCACGGCGGUGCACGCGAGCACCGUCAAGGCAGGGCUGGACUCGGACGUGUUCGUGCGGAGCUCGUUGAUCGACGCAUACGUGAAGCUCGGGGACUUGGACGGCGGGAGGCGUGUGUUUGACGAGAUGGUGACCAGAGAUUUGGUCGUUUGGAACUCGAUCAUCGCUGGUUUUGCGCAGAGCGGAGAUGGGGUCGGUGCGAUCGAGCUGUUCAUGAGGAUGAAGGAUGCCGGAUUCUCGUCUAACCAGGGCACCUUGACCAGCGUCCUGCGGGCGUGCACGGGGAUGGUCAUGCUUGAAGCGGGGAGGCAGGUGCAUGCCCAUGUGCUCAAGUAUGACAGGGACUUGAUCCUGCACAAUGCGCUCCUAGACAUGUACUGCAAGUGCGGGAGCUUGGAGGAUGCGGAUGCCUUGUUCCACAGGAUGCCACAGAGGGAUGUGAUCUCAUGGAGCACCAUGGUAUCUGGUUUGGCGCAGAAUGGGAAAAGCGUGGAGGCAUUGAGGGUUUUUGACCUGAUGAAAUCUCAAGGUGUGGCACCGAACCACGUAACGAUGGUUGGAGUACUCUUUGCCUGCAGCCAUGCUGGUCUGGUGGAAGAUGGCUGGCACUACUUUAGGUCCAUGAAGAGGCUCUUUGGCAUUCAACCUGAGAGAGAGCACCACAACUGCAUGGUCGAUCUCCUUGGCCGAGCUGGGAAGCUCGAUGAAGCCGUGGAAUUCAUCCAUGGUAUGAGCCUCGAGCCAGAUUCAGUCAUCUGGAGAACGCUCCUAGGAGCUUGCAGGAUGCAUAAAAACGCCAGUCUUGCAGCAUACGCAGCCAGAGAAAUACUUAAACUGGAGCCUGACGACCAAGGCGCUCGUGUGCUGUUGUCGAAUACAUAUGCAGAUCUGCGGCAGUGGACAGAUGCUGAGAAGCCAUGGAAAGCGAUGAGGGACCGAGGCAUGAGGAAAGAGCCAGGGCGAAGCUGGAUCGAGCUGGAGAAACGUGUCCAUGUGUUCAUCGCUGGGGACCUAUCACACCCGUGCUCCGACACCAUAAUUCAGGAGCUGAACCGGUUGAUCGGAAGGAUCAAGUCUCUUGGUUAUGUUCCCCAGACAGAAUUUGUGCUGCAGGACCUCCCGACCGAGCAGAAAGAAGACCUGCUGAAGUAUCACAGCGAGAAGAUGGCGAUAGUGUUUGGGACGAUGCAUGCGGUGGAUGGGAAGCCUAUCAGGAUCAUGAAGAACCUGAGGAUCUGUGGCGACUGCCACGCGUUCGCGAAGCUUGUCUCCAAGAGCGAAGGCAGGGUGAUCGUCAUCAGGGACCCUGUUCGGUUCCACCAUUUCCAGGAUGGAGCUUGCUCAUGUGGUGACUACUGGUAGCCAGGCACAAACGCCCCGAAACAAACGACACCAAAGGUUCCCGGUGCCGUCCACCGACCACCGGUGACACGGCGCCCAUAGCAAGAGUUCAGGAGGAGCGCGGAGCCGUUGCUGGUGGUAGCGGUGUCCGUGAGGCGCGGCGAGAUGUCUGUGCGGAUAAAGGCGGUGGUGGACAGGUUCGUGAUGGAGCUCAAGGAGGCACUGGACGCGGACAUCCAGGACCGCGUCAUGAAGGAGCGGGAGAUGCAGACCUACAUCGCGGAGCGCGAGCGCGAGGUCGCCGAGAGGGAGGCUGCGUGGAAGGCCGAGCUCUCCCGCCGCGAGGUAACGUGUACCCGACCCAUCCUUCCCUCCUGCUCAAUUCUCUGUUCCAUACAUCCCGCAUCUUGUCCUGCACUGCCAGCUGUUCCGUGGUCACGAACACGGAACCUAUUGAUGCUGAAACUGCUUGGGAUUUGUUUCUUGUGGUCUGUGGACCGUAUUGAUGAUCUGAUCGCUGACGCAUUUCCAAUUCUCGCUGGAAAUAUGGUUGAGAUGACACUGAACCUGCAUCUGCACUGCAGAGUUUCUUUCAUGAAUUGAUGGCAAUGCCCUUCAUUUUCUUCUGAUGCUGAACAAGCACAUUGCACAGGAGACUUCCUAUCCACCCCUAUCCCACUCUAUUUCAAACUACACUGCAAAACAGUGUUUUACACGGCGAUAUACAAGCUCUGCUAAGCCGUAAGAGUUAUUCCUUGCCUUUCACUCUAGUUGUCACCGAAGGCAGCGAGGGGAAUAAAGCUGGCGUGUUUCAGUUCCGUACAGAGUAUAGAAACCAUAGAAAGGUGAUAGGCCGGGUGAAGAUAAGAAUAUAUAAGAGUUCCCACUUGUCUGCAAAGCACAUGCACUGAUUCCUUUGGGUAGUGCUAACCCAUACUACACAAAAUGUUACAUUAAAUAUCCACUGGCUUAUAUUUCAAAAUUUGAAUAUCCAUUUUGACUUCUUAACACAUGAACAAUAGUACAAUAUGGAUAUGCAACUUCUUCAUGACUUGAGGCAAUAAGCAAAUUCGACUGCAAGACUCAACCUUUGAGCGUAGAUGCAAGUCAGCCUUAAUUAUCCGAUGGUCGAUGAUGCCAUUUAAAAGUGAUUAGUGAUGCUGUGUUGUUAAACACCCCCCCCCCCCCCCCCCCCCAACACACACACACACGAAGGGUCUACAUCAGUGCUGGAAAUAGAGCUGUAGGUUGUCCUAACUGUUUAGCUGUUCACCCAUUAAUGUGAAUGAAACAACGCAAGGCAAGAAAGUGACCUGUGACCCUGUAUCGUGCAGUAGAGGAAACAACUCCCACAUGGAUGAUGGAUAACAGUAGGCGUGGGCUGGAACUAGGAAGAGUUUCUUCGACUCCUGUAUUGGCCAGGUUGGCGGAUUGGAUGAGAAAGUAUAUAGAGAUGAGUGUUUGGGGCUUUGGGCCCUGCUAGGUAGGGAACAGGGAUACAACAAUCUUGUUUUGCGUGGAGUCUCUACAUUACAUGCACCCAUACUGAUUCGUUGCUCUGUUUCCAGCUUAUAAGGAUGUUGUUGCGUAGUGUGUGCUGAUACAUUGGAGACUAAAGUACUGGGAAAGGUGAAAGUGCCUUUAGCUGAGUUAGUUAGAUGGUCUGAUUAGUCUCUUCAGGUCCUGAGUUUGAUUCUCCGUGGGAGCGAAUUUCAGGCUAUUGUUUGAAAAAAAUCUCUUCAUCUGUCCCAGUCAAAACACAAGUCUAAUGUCUAGUUUUGAUCGCGGUCGUUUCUCACAUGGACUAUAGUGUCGUUGUGUAUGGGUGCUUCUUGCUAUAAUGACCAGGGGCUAUCUUAUCCCUUAUGUCGAGUUCUUUUUAAGCAACGAAAGGGGUAGUGAAUUAGAGCCAAUCAAUUUGUCGUGGUGACACUGAUUGCAAAACAGCAUAUGCUGCCAGAUUGUGGUCAACAAACUAUAUAUUAGUCUAUACAUUGGAUGAGCAGCAAUCAAAUGAGCAAGAUGGAUGUCAUAAUCAUCAACAGACCAGAUUUACGUUUGGAAGCUAAACCUAAUCUUCCUGCACUCAUGACGACACCGAGUUACUGCUAUCAUGCAAAAAGGCCACGAUGGACUGGUGUGGUGUUCGCUUAGCAAAUGGAGAUCUUUAUCAUGCACUGUAAUCAAGCUGUCCACUUCCUCCGACACAGCAACAUCCUUACCUGAAUCCAUCAAUCCUCUAGGCUGAGAUCGCGAGGCAGGAGGCGAGGCUGAAGGUGGAGAGGGAGAACCUGGAGAAAGAGAAGAGCGUCCUCAUGGGGACGGCUUCGAGCCAGGAUAGCCAAGACGGAGCGCUGGAGAUCACCGUCAGCGGCGAGAAGUACAGGUGCCUCCGGUUCUCGAAGGCGAAGAAGUGAGAGGUUGAACCAGGACGACACAGUCACUCAGGGUCAGGGGGGGGUAGUGGUACACCGAAAUCUCAGUUUGGAGGCUAGUGUAAGAGUAUCUGUCAAUCUGGCACACAGGCUGUCGCUGUACGUGCUGGUUUGAUGCUCACUGCGUCGUGCGUCCUCAUUGAUGAUUUAACGAUAGGGUCAUUGAACCAGCGCACAACCUGAGAAAAUGGUUGCGCUGUCCGUCCUGGGGUCACGGUAGCAUGAACCUCAGAACUGAUAACCUCUGUUUCGGACGGAUACAAUCGGGUUGAAUGGGAGCCUUUCGUGUGCAUGUGGAAGGUAAAA